AUGACACCCCAGGCAGGGACUUAUGGUGUCACGACAUAUCGUCUGCUUAUUGAAAGAUAUAGUAGAAACGAUGCAUACGAUAUCUGCCGUCUCUAUGGAGGGAACAUCAUACGUCCCGACCAUUUUGAAAAGUUGGUUCGCCUCAGUCAUCUCAACAAUCGUGAAUGGGCUUGGCAACUACGGCAUGAAUAUUGGAUCGAUCUUAUACUUGACCCAGUCAAUGCCACUCUUAUCUGGACAAGUAACUGCGAGGCUCUAGAUCCAUCAAAUGAUUGGAAUUGCAUCCCAUCAAAUUUCGACAUGAGCUCCAGUGACCUAUGCAUCACUUCUAAACAUGGGGGUGACUGGAACAACAAGGAAUGCGACAGCGAUGCUUUGGUCUUGUGCGAAACGUUUCAAGCAGGCACUACCUGUACCUACGGUUCUGCAAUGAAGUUUCCAAUUUUGUCCAUUUACGGUGAUACGGAGGCUGUCUGUCAAACGAACUGUGCGGCGGAACCAAGCUGCUGGUCAUACACCUACAGCCCGACGAGCCCUACUCGUGGUACUUGUGUGCUCGGCUUUGACUCAAGUAAACAGGAGGACCCAGCUUUCGUGAUGUCAACCACUGCAACGAAACAUUGCUAUGUUGGUGAGCUGGUGACGCAGAUAGAUCCAACAUGGUCUUUCGGACAAAAUAACAAUAACAAUAACAAUAAUGACCAAAAACCUGUCUACAAUUGUACAGCUGUUUCUGCCACCGACUCGCAGAAGAAGCAACAAAAUAUCACCAAUCAGAACCUUUUUAAUAUCACAAACCAGAACGAUCCAUGUUCGACAAUGACCCUUAUCGAGUAUCAGACCUUAACGGUCCUAGAUACAACAACUAAAGACGUCAUGGUCUUAAUAACCGUCAAUCCGACAACUGUAGUCAUGACAACAGAAAUACAAACGACUCUUAUCAUGACAACAACAGAAGUGCCCUCUCCAGUUGUGACAACAAUAGUUUCAACUGAACUCGCCACAACAACUCUGGAAAUUCCGACAACCAUCACAACGACAACAGUAGUUCCUGCUUCCAACGUUACCAUAACAAUAACACCUUCAGUCGUUCCCAUGACAACUGUCGUAUCACACGACGUGAUCACGGCAACGGCAGAGGUUCCAACUACCGUGGUCGUCACCGAGACUCCAUCCGUUAUCGUGUCUACCCUGGCUGUUACCGUUGCUGCAACAUCAACGGUUGUCAUCCCAACAACAGUUGUCAGCUCCGAAACACAUGCCACCACUGUGGUUGUUACAACGACGGUUGUCGCAACCACAUGGAGUUCUGUAUCUUCAUUAGCGCCGGCGGCGUUGGCCGAGAAAUUGGACAACAUGGUAAGGAAUCUCACGGUACCCAAGAAGAACACUAAAGCCUACCAGCGCACAUUAGGCUGCGCAGAAGACGAUCGGCAGUCAGCAAAGACAGUAGGUUACAUUGGAAUCCUUCUCUUGAUUUUCCCUCUAGGACUCAUGAUAUGUUUGGACAUCCCGUCUGCAAUAAUCCGUAUCAGGAACUUCCGAAAGGUUUCCGAGAGUUAGGCUUUUGGAUUUGAAGUGUUGACCUAUUUGUAACUUUUAAGAGACUAAUAGAAUCUCUCUAGGACACACGAUAGUUAUCAAUAUCACUCUCUGCAAUUCACUAUCACACCUGCCUCAGUUCUAUUUCAGAAAUGUUUAUUCAUGUACAUGGAUUUGGAGUCGUAAAAUAUAAAUUAUACUUGUAACUUUUAAGAGACUAAUAGAAUCUCUCACCCACUUAGAGGGGGAAGAUUCUUAAUUGCAAAACACGAGGCUUUGUCGAGUGUUUUGCAGUUUAAGAAUCCUUCCUUGAUGGUUGAGAUUCUUCUUUCUUACCCACAAGGGGUGAAUGAUUCGUUUUCUCUUACCUUGCUCUCCAAGUGUGUAUCAUAUACACAUGUUAAUGUUACAUGCUUAAUACGAGUUGACCUAACGAUGAUAUUUGUUGACGUGACGUUCUGGUAUUGUUGAAGUGACGUCAUACCAUUGUGAUGAAUAGGGGAAUUCCCCGUCUAAACCCUAGGUUGAGACAAGGAAUUAUUUUACCCUGGACAGGGAUAUCCACCAUUUUACCGGUGUCAGAUUUUCUUAUCUCACCUUAGGGUUGAGAAAAGCUACACGUGUUCUUUGCACGUUCUCAAAAAUUGUAUGACGUCAUAGCAACAAGACCAUGACGUCACGGCAACAAUACAAUGACGUCACGUCGACAAUUCAGCCGCAUCACAUCAACAUUGUCUUGCAUUGAUGUAACGUCUAUGUAAAAUACAAGGGUAAACACUCGGCAAACCUCGUGUUUGACAACUUAAGAAUCUUACCCCUCGGUUUGAGAUUACCCUGUCUCACCCCCAAGGGGGUGAAAGAUUUUAUUAAUCUUAUACCGGUAAAAGAGUGGAUACACCUGUCCAGGAUUAGAGAAAAUAUAUUCUAUACUGUUUAACUCCAAUAUACCAUAAUCGUCGGUAUCAUAGGCAAUCCACAAUCUUGUGUUUCAACGUCAAUCGCACUCCUUACUUUUUUAUCUGACGGUUGUCUACCAAAAAUUGUCCUUCAAUGUCCCAAACAGAAUGUCCGUUCAGCUGUUCUGUCCUCCUCCCGUCAACGUCUUUCCAAUCAUUCAAGCACACUGCCUCGGUGGCCGAAUGGUUAAGGCGUCUGACCGUCUACGACCACUAGCCAACCACCACUGGGUCGCUGGUUCGAGGCCUGCGUGGGGCAUUCGCUGGUGCUUAUCAGUGGGUUUUUUCUGGGUAUUCAGGUUUUCCUCCACCACUAAAACGUGGUUCGUCCUUAAAUGACUGAACAUAGCAGUUAAUAGGACGUAAAACACAAACAAAACCAACCCAAAAUCAAGCACGUUUGAACAUCAUUAACACAGACUAGGCAAGGAACCAUCUAUAUUCCACUUGCACGUGGGAGUUUGAUCCUUGUUUCUUACAGGCCGCAAACAUAACCUCAAGAUUCAUGUUCUUUCACAUGACACCGUCAGUUCUUUUAAAUGUAGAUGUAAGACGUCUGCAUUACAACAGGCCAAUUUCCUAUUAAGGUAUAUCACAAUAAUAAAUCCGUUCGGUACUUCAGACAUAACAACAUAUCUCCUAUUCCGUCUUUGCGUAUUGCAGAGUUAUCUUCUCUUGUACGCAGGUAUUGA